UACAUUCUUCGACGGCUCUAGCUACCUUGCGAACGAAAACGCUAGCAGCUUUUCUCCAAAAAAUUAUGGUUGACAGUUGAUUAGGUUUGUGUACUUAUUACAGUUUUUAGCUGUAUUUGCUUUCUGUUGUCGCUGGGACCAUGGCUUCAGCUCGCUGCUGGUGCUGUCUUUGGCUAACGUUACCACUCCUCCUGCUGCGGUGGCCGGGGCUGCUUGUGACGGCGGAGCAGGUCGCUUUGGUGGAGGUUUUCCUGGAGCAGCCACCCGAUGUCAGCACUCUGCUCCAGGGGGAGGUGGUGGGGUCCAGCGGGGGCAGCAGAAGCUCCGAAGACCGAGAGGAGCUGGAGGGAGAGCUGGUCCUGGUGAGCCGGAGAGCAGAGGUUCAAGAUGAGGAGACGCAGGUGAGUGGAGAAAUAAAGGAGGAUGACGCCAAAGAGCAGGAGCUGUGGAUCGGGGUGGUGCCUGUCGAUAUGGAUGACAGCAAAGCCUCCACUGGGAACCAGGAGUCCUUCGCUGAUGCAAUGGUCAAUAAAAUGAAGCGAGCCUUGGUCCUAGGAGCUUCAGCGCUGAUCAUCCUGGCUCUCAACCAAAACACCGUCAGUGAGAUGGACCUUUCUCAGGUGCUUUCCAAACCAAUCAUUGUGAUCCAGACAUCUGAAAAUGUCACUAAGCUGAUUGGAGCUCUGCUCAGGGGUCUCCAGGCGACAGCGAAAAUCACAUACAGGACCAUCUUGCAGGACAACCUGGGAGCCACGCUCACGCUAUGGUCCAGCUGCGGCCGAUCGAGAGGCGGGCGCUACGGAGAGUGGCAGGGGGUCAUCUGCACGGGAGAGACCAACUCACAGGUCCAGAAAUACCUGCAGCAGCUGUGGGACACUGUCCUCCUGGUGGCUCUGAUCCUCAGCACCGGAGUCAUCGUUCAGGCUCGCUGGCAACACCAGGACCACCAGCUCAAUGACGACUUGGAGCUCCUUCCCAAACAGGACGUUCUGAAGACGAUGUCGUCUCUGAAGACCAAAACAUAUCGUCAGCCCAAACCCUGGUGUGACACGUCGCAGCCGCUAGAGACGGACAACUGCGCCGUCUGUCUGGAGCCGUUCAACAACAACCAGUGUCUGCGGGUGCUGCCGUGUCUUCACGAGUACCACAGAGACUGUGUCGACCCCUGGCUGCUGCUGCAACACACCUGUCCUCUGUGCAAACGCAGCAUCCUCAGCAGCGUCUGCAAAGACAGUUAACGGUUGCCUCACCUCCUCCACCGUCGCAGCAGCAGCAGCAGCAGC